UAUUUCGGCGAUUGGAAGAAUUUUCUUGGGACUUGUGGGCUGCCCUUCACAGCUUCGGACAUUCCCCGGGUUUGGACGGCAUUUAUAUUUGCCCGUUCCCCAUAUUCUUGCUACUAUAAGAAGGUAAGGAUUUUUCACCUCCUGGAAUAACUAGAAAUAUAUGCACAAAGGCAAUAAAAAAGGGGAGAGAGCUAAAAGAUUGAUAAGCACAGCUGACAGCGAUUUAGUUAGUUCCACGUGCUCUGCCCCCUAACCUUGUUCAGGUAAUUAUGCCUUGCCCACCACAGGCAUGUGAAGGCUGCACUUGCAAGGCGAGUAGCAGCCGGGGAGGAGACAUAGAAGACUUUGAAAAGGAGUUACUGGCGCUCCGGAAGCGCACUAUUGAGCUCGAGAGAGCAUUGGCAUCGGCGAAGAAUAGCCCAGUCGCUCCCCGGUCGGGCCGUAAACUACGGUCGGCCAACUGGUUCAAUUGUGAAACCAAUCCGGCAAUGACAGCCCUAUAUAUCGAGCGGUAUCUCAACUAUGGGGUCACUCGAGAGGAGCUCAUGGCCGGAAAGCCCAUCAUCGGAAUCGCCCAGACUGGGUCUGAUAUCGCACCGUGCAACCGCUACCAUCUAGAGCUUAUUAAGCGUGUACGUGAGGGUAUUAGGACGGCGGGCGGAAUUGCCUUUGAAUUCCCUACGCACCCUAUUCAGGAGAGCAGCCGAAGGCCAACAGCAUGUAUCGACCGGAAUCUUUCGUAUUUGGGCUUGGUUGAGAUCCUUCAUGGUUAUCCUUUGGAUGGAGUUGUACUUUUGACGGGAUGCGAUAAGACGACACCGGCGUGUCUGAUGGCUGCUGCCACCGUGAACAUCCCCGCCAUCUGCCUCAAUGUUGGACCGAUGCUUAACGGCUAUUUGAGAAAUGAACUAGCAGGGUCUGGCAUGGUAGUGUGGAAGGGAAGAGAGAUGUACGCGGCUGGGGAAAUAAAUCAGGAGCAGCUUGUGGAUUACAUCUCCAGAGGCGCGCCAUCCGUAGGACAUUGUAAUACAAUGGGAACUGCUUCGACGAUGAACGCACUGGCAGAAGCACUGGGAAUGGCCUUGCCGGGGUCAGCGGCCAUCCCGGCUCCUUAUCGCGAACGGGCCCAGUGUGCUUAUGAGACAGGAUUACGCAUUAUCGAAAUGGUGGAAACUGAUCGUAAGCCAAGUGAUAUCAUGACCCGCGAGGCCUUUGAAAACGUUAUCAUCGUCAACACAGCCAUUGGCGGAAGUACAAACGCCCCCAUCCACAUCAAUGCCAUCGCGAAACACAUGGGAGUUGAUGUUUCGUUGGAUGACUGGGAUCGGCUUGGGUUCCACAUCCCGCUUCUACUUAAUAUGCAGCCUGCGGGGGAAUUUCUGGGCGAGGAAUACUAUCGGGCUGGUGGGCUCCCGGCCAUCAUGGCAGAGUUGCUCGAUGCUGGAAAACUGCAUCCUGACGUCUUGACUUGCAACGGGCGCACGGUCGCCGAGAACGUCAAAGGCCAGCAUACGUGGGACCGGCAAAUCAUCAAACCGUAUAACGAUCCCCUCAUGAAAAACGCAGGGUUCGUGCACCUCCAAGGAAGCCUAUUCCAGUCAGCCAUCAUGAAAACCUGUGUAAUAUCCGAACCAUUCAGACAGAAGUUCUUGGCGAAUCCCGAGGAUCCUAACGCCUUCGAAGGGGCCGUUGUAGUUUUCGAUGGACCGGAGGAUUACCAUAACCAGCUGGAGGACCCCUCCACUCCCAUCGAUGACCGAAGUAUUUUGGUGAUGCGCGGGGUGGGUCCGCUAGGAUAUCCAGGUGCGGCCGAGGUGGUGAAUAUGCAUCCACCGGGACAUCUUCUUCGACAGGGGGUCAAGUCCCUGCCAUGUAUUGGAGAUGGACGACAGUCGGGUACUUCCGGGUCGCCAUCGAUCCUGAACGCCAGCCCCGAGGCAGCAGCAGGAGGUAAUCUGGCUCUUCUCCGGAACGGAGACAGACUCCGUGUCGACCUAAACAAGCGACGCGUUGAUAUCCUUCUAUCUGAGGAGGAGCUGCGCCAGCGAAGAGCUGAGUUGGAAGAUAAGGGAGGCUAUGGUGUUCCGGACAGUCAGACGCCAUGGCAAGAGUUAUUCAGGAAGGAAACGAGCCAGUUGAACGAGGGCAUGGUGUUGCGUGAAGCGGUCAAGUACCAGCGCCUCGCUCAGCGCUAUGAGAUCCCUCGACAUAAUCAUUAGGUGAAUUAUAGACAGGAGUCACACGCAGAGAGUUGCUUUCCUUGAUCAGAAAAAUAAAUAGCAAUCAUAUUGCAUCCCGUAUAAUUCCAGAGGUCCCCCCCCCCCCCCUU